UAUGGUAUCUAGGGUUUAGUUUCCAAACCCUAAAAAGGGACGAUUCUAAAUCUGAAUUGAGUGUGGAGCUUGCAGCUUCUGUUUGAGCCUUCGAGACGGAAACCCUAAUCGAAGUCCACAAUGCCUAAGCAGAUUCAUGAGAUUAAGGACUUCCUUCUAACUGCAAGGAGGAAGGAUGCACGAUCGGUGAAGAUCAAGAGGAGCAGAGAUGUGGUGAAGUUCAAGGUUCGAUGCUCCAAGUACCUCUACACUCUUUGUGUCUUUGACUCUGAGAAAGCUGAUAAGUUGAAGCAAUCACUUCCUCCAGGUUUGAGCGUUCAGGAUCUGUGAUUCAGAGUAGAACAAGUUUUGUCUGCAAGAUUGUUGUUCUUUUUUGUUGCAUUUGAUUAUGAAUUAUAUAUUAUGUUCAUGACUGAUUCAACUUAAACCUUCGUCAAUUUAAUUGUUUGCAUUGCGA